AUGUUUUGUUGUUUAGGCAGGAAAAAACGGGACAAUAAUGAGAUGGAAAAAAAGAAUUCAAAGAAAGAAAUGGUGGAGAGAUUCAUAUUGUAGAAUUGUAAAUCUAAUGAUGAGGAUUCUUUUGAUGAGUCUGUAGAUAAAAGCAAUAUGAUUAUAAUAGAUUACGAUAAUAAUUAGUAUGAAAAGAAACCAUGGUCAGGGAUUCAAUGGCAAAUGAUUAUACAAACCAAGAAUUUAAAUCAAAUUGAAUUAGAUGAAUUAAAAAGAAAUGUAAGAUUUGGAAUUCUAAGUAAUUUAAGACCAGCGACUUGGUUUUGGAUGACUGAUAUAAAAAAUACCUAAAUGAAAAAACAUACAUCAAAUAUUUAUUAAAAAUUGAAGUCUUGCGAGUCUCAAUAUGAUUCACAAAUUUUUAAAUGUAUCAAACAAUUAGAUAAAAAAUACAAUGAUUUAGUUUUUGAUAUUUUAAGAGCCUAUGCAAACUAUGAUAUUGAAAUUGGAUUUAGUAAAGGAAUUGAUUAAAUUGUUGAAUAUUUAGUGUAAUAAUUGGAUCCAGAAUAAUAUAUUAAUCUGGAUUACUCUUUCAAUUAAUUAAAUAGAAUGUGUGACUUUUAUGAACAGAUGGUAUUUUGGAUGACUAUUCAUAUACUAUUCCAUUUAAAUUACAGAAGGAUUUUAAAAUAAAAUAUUAGUUUUAUAGAAACAGAAAAAUUUUAAAACACCCUUAUGCCUUCCAUCAAAUGUUUAAUUGAAUAGCUCAACGUUAAAAUAAGUGAGUUAAUUGAAGUUCCAUUAUUAUUUUUUUUUUAGAAGCAAUUAAAAAAAGAUGACUUUACUAAAUUAUUCGAUGUUUUCCUUUUUGAAGGAGAAUCAAUUCUACUGUAAAUUUUAUUGAAAUUCUUUAAAAUAUCAGAAGACUUGGUCUGUUAAUUUUAAGCAGAAGCAGAUCUAAAAAUAUUCUUGAAUUAAACUUUAAUUCCCUAUGGAAUAUCUAAGAUAGAAAAGACAAAUUAAAAAUUAAUGUAUUUUCUAUUAUGA